AUGGCGCCGGCACAGAAGAAGUCCAAGUCUGCGGACAACAUCAACUCCAAGCUCGCGCUCGUCAUGCGCUCGGGCAAGGUGUCGCUCGGCCUCAAGUCGGCCCUGAAGAGCAUGCGCAGCGGCAAGGCCAAGCUCGUGCUCAUCAGCGCCAACACGCCGCCGCUGCGCAAGAGCGAGAUUGAGUACUACGCCAUGCUCAGCAAGACGAGCGUGCACCACUUCCAGGGCAGCAACGUGGCGCUGGGCACUGCGGCCGGAAAGCUGUUCCGCGUGGGGUGA